GGGGAUGUUUACCGGAAUUUGGAAGUGAAAACGAGUAGAUUAGAGAGAGUGAUUUGGAGUGCAAAGUUGAUACUUUUGUCAGUUGGGAUUGUUUCUACUGUCAUUUUGUUCAAAGUGGCAAUAAUUCCAUACACAUUCAACUUCAUUUUCUCUAUGUUUUCGUUUCUUCCAAAGCUAUGGACUUUCUUCAGAAGUUUACUUUCUCCUCCUUAUAUUUACAUCCUUCUCAACUUCAUCAUCAUCUCCAUUGCCGCCUCUUCAACUUUCGCUCGGCAAAACAACCCCCACCCUGUGAAAAAAGUCACCAAGACAGUGGCCUCCAAGACCACCAAAAAGACUCCCCCGGAAAAGACCCAAAACUUUCAAAAAAGUGUCAACAACAUCCAGCAGCCUCAUGACGAUGAUCUCUGGUCUCAAAUGGUUCAACAUCAUGUUGAUGAUGAAGUUAAAGAAGAAAACUCCACUUUGUCCACUCUCAAACUCACCGACCCAUCUCAAGAAACCGCCUCAAACGCCGCAUUACCGGAAGAUUUCACUGAAAAAUCUGAGGAGUUUACUCAGGAAACUCUUGAAGACACGUGGAGAUUGAUCACUGAAGGCCAGGGAAAGCUACAGAACCGGCACCUGAAGAAGAGUGACACGUGGGACACGCCACCACGGGCUGCCGUCAACGCCGCAAAGGAGGAAAAAACCGGCGGAGAACAUGGUGAACACCAUCCCGAUAGCGAUGGUGAUGAUAGUGACAAUCCUGAGGAUCACGUCGCGUGGGCCAAACGUGAGCUGAGAAAGUCAGAGACUUUCAGUGACAAGGCGUCUCUGAGGAGGGAGAAAUCGAUGAGUCAGGACGAGUUGAAUCGAAGGGCCGAUGCUUUCAUCAAGAAGUUCAACAAUGACAUGAGGUUGCAGAGGAUGGAGUCUCACCAGCGUCAGAUGGCGAUGAUUACAGGAGGAGCUUAAGUUGGUUUUUAAUCAGUAAUUUUAGCUUAAUUAAGAACCUAAUGAUAGGGGGUUAAAUGUUGAAUUUUUAUCGUUGUUAGGUUGUGAAUAACAAUCACCCCUUUCUACUGUUACUGUUAAUGUCACCAUGUAAAGGUUAAUUAGAAUUGCCAUGGCCUUAUUCUAGUUAAUUAUAUUGUAUAAAAACCACCAUGAGGGUUCAGUUGACAGUGCAGUCGGCCUGUGUUAAUGGCCUAUUUCGUCGCAAUAAGAUCUUAUGAUUUUGGCUUA